AUGUCAUCACUGGCCACUUUUUUUGAUGUCACCACGGACCUCAAAGAAGAAGAUCUUGGACCUGAGCAGCAGGAGCUAGAAUUGCCCCAAACUAAAGAGGAGGAGGCGCGAGAGGGCCCUCACGUUAAAGAAGAAGAGCAGGAAGAUGAAAUCAGCAAGUUUCCAUUGACUGGAGUCAAUGUGAAGAGUGACGAAAAUGAUGGAGACCAGGAUGGACGAUCCCACUCGGAUGGGCUCUUGGCUCCACUUUCUGACGGAGACGGCGUCACGUCACAGUCUUCUGACACGGAGGAUGACGACGAUGACGAACAGUCCAAAGGUGAUCUGACGUGUCAUUUUGUGGUAAAACGCCAUUGUGGCAAAACUUUUGUCAGUAAGUCAACAUUGAGAACACACACCAGGACACACACGUGGGAGAAACGCUUUGUCUGCUCAGUUUGUGGUAAAACAUUUACUCGGAAUACAACUUUAACAAGCCACACCAGAACACACACGGGGGAGAAACGCUUUGUCUGCUCAGUUUGUGGGAAACGAUUUUCUCGGAAUACAACUUUAACAAGCCACACCAGAACACAUACUGGGGAAAAACCUUUUGCCUGCCCAGUUUGUGGUCAAAGAUUCUCUGAAAAGGGAAAUUUAACCAAACACAAAAUUACUCACACUGGUGAAAAACCUUUUACCUGCUCAGUAUGUGGUAAAACGUUUACAUAUAAACAGGAUUUAACAAGGCAUUCAAGAAGACACACUGGGGAGAAACGUUUUGCCUGCCCAGUUUGUGGGGAAAGAUUUGUUCAGAAAGCUGAUUUAACAAGGCACACGAUAACGCACACUGGAGAAAAACCUUUUGCCUGUUCAGGUUGUGAUAAAGGUUUUUUUACAAAAGGUGACUUAAAAAAACACUCAAGAACGCACACUGGGGAAAAACCCUUUGCCUGCUCAGUUUGUGGGAAAAGAUUCUUUCAGAAAUCAGAUUUAGCAAGGCACACAAUAACACACAGUGGAGAAAAACCUUUUGCCUGUUCCGUUUGUGGUAAAGCAUUUUAUCUAAAUAAAGAGUUAACAAGGCACACAAUGAGUCACACCGGAGAAAAACCUUUUGCCUGUUCAGGCUGUGAUAAAGGUUUUUUUACAAAGGGUGACUUGAAAAAACACACGAGAACACACACUGGGGAAAAACCCUUUGCCUGUUCAAUUUGCGGAACAAGAUUCAGACAUAAGGGACUUUUGAACGUGCACAGAAGAACGCACACUGGAGAAAAACCUUUUGCCUGCUCCGUUUGCGGAACAAGAUUCCCUCGAAAGAGACUUUUGAUAACACACACAAGCGUGCACACCGGAGAAAAUCCUUUCGCUUGCUCAGUUUGUGGUAAAACCUUCACGAGAAAAGAAAAUUUAACAAGGCAUACAAGGACUCACACUGGGCAAAAACCUUUUGCCUGCUCAGUUUGUGGUAAAACUUUCUCUACAAGGGAAUAUUUAACGAGGCACACAAGAACACACUCUGGAGGAAAACCUUUUGCCUGCUCAAAUUGUGGGAAGACAUUCCGGGCAAAGGCAGAUUUAACAAGGCACAUGAGAGCACACUCUGGAGAAAAACCUUUUGCCUGCUCAGUUUGUAGUAAAAGCUUCACUCGAAAGGAAAAUUUAACAAGGCAUGGAAGAGAACACUCUGGAGAAACACCUUUUGCUUUUUCGGUUUGUGGUCAAACUUUUGCUAGAAGAGACUCUUCUUCAAAGCACACAAGAAGGUGCACUUUGGAGAAAAAACAUUUGCCUGCUUCGUUUUUGCGAAAAGACGAAAUCAAAUGACAAAUGUAUUUAAGAAAAACUACAAUGAUAAACAUCUUGUCAUCAUUUGUUCGAGAAUGGGCAAUUCCAAAACCAAUGAAAACAUUUUUUGUCUCUAUAUCAUGUUUUGCAUUGUUGUACAAACACUUUGCAUAAGUACGAUCUCUGAAUGAUUUCAAAAGUAAUCUUUUCAAAAUCCCUUCACUGUACGAUCUUUUCAUGUCUUCACAGGGCUACUUUUUAUUUCUUUACUUUGCUUUGAAAGGUCUUGAAGUGUUUUGUUUUAAUGUGCUUUUGGGUGUUUUGGUUUUGAUUGUGUGAAGCAUAUUUAGUUGUCUCGUGUAUGAAAUGUGCUGUCCGAAUAAAGCUGUCUUGGCUCAA